AUGAGCGCUUCCGCCGCCGCUUCCAGCCUGCAGCCUCUGCUGGAAACCCUGGAGGACUUAUCCGCUCCGCCGGCGGAUCUUACCGACGCGCACCUCACGAUCGUCAAUCGCUUGACUGGUGAGGAAAGCAAACAAUUCACUGCAAAUGUCAGAAAACACUUUCCUCGGCUUUGCAAAGUGUUCAAGGCACAUAUUUCUAAUCAAAACUCAGAGCUGAAUAAUGCAGCAUUGCAGGCAUUGGGAUUCUGUGUUUUUAAUUCAAGCAUUGUAUCUGAAUUAUCAGCAACUGAAAUCCGAGACCUGCUGUCAGAGGUGACCAGUGUUGCUGUCAAAGCUUCAGACAAAAACACUCGCACUCGGGCACUUUGGGUGAUCUCUAAGCAGACGUUUCCUUCUGAAAUUGUUCAAAAGGAGGUGUCCAAUAUUAUUUCUACCUUGGAAACAAUCUUUACUAAAGGGGAUUUACAGUCUUCAGUGGUUGAAUAUGAAGCACUAAAUGUUAUUAUACGCUUAGUGGAGCAAACUCCAGCCCAGAUGGGAGAAGAAGCUGUGAGGUGGGCAAAACUGAUCAUUCCUCUGGUUGUCCAUUCCACUCACAAAGUGCAGUUACGAGGUGCCACUGCCCUGGAGAUGGGCAUGCCACUGCUGCUCCAGAAACAGCAGGAGGUGGCUGCUGUCACUGAGCACCUGAUGACCACAAAAUUAAUUUCAGAACUUCAGAAAUUGUUCUCUACAAAAAAUGAAACUUACGUGUUGAAAUUGUGGCCACUGUUUGUCAAACUACUUGGAAAGGCUCUGCAUCGUAGUGGCAGUUUUAUCAACUCCUUGCUGCAGCUGGAGGAGCUGGGGUUUCGUAGUGGUUCACCAGUGGUAAAGAAAAUAGCCUUCAUUGCAUGGAAGAGUCUAAUAGAUAAUUUUGCUCUAAAUCCAGAUAUCCUGUGCAGUGCUAAAAGGCUGAAACUGCUCAUGCAACCACUGAGUUCCAUCCAUGUGAGAACAGAGGCAUUGGCACUGACCAAGCUGGAGGUCUGGUGGUAUUUACUCAUGAGACUGGGUCCUCAGCUGCCUGCCAACUUUGAACAGGUUUGUGUACCAUUAAUCCAAAGUACUCUAAGUCUAGAUUCUUCUUCUACUGCACUGCAAGGAACUCCCUCACGUGUACCAGCCAACCAAAGUUUAGCUUCAGCAACCCCUGCACAGAAAUCAGGUCCUUACCCAUUUGCAAGCCCUGCCACACCAAGGAUGAACUUGAAUUCUAAUACAGCAGGACUGGUGGCCAUUCCUUCCAUCCAGCUGCUGGGAAUUGAAAUGCUGCUUCACUUCUUGAUGGGACCAGAAGUUUUAGAUUUUGCUAAGCAAAACAAAGUUGUGCUUAGUUUAGAGCCUCUCCAGAAUCCUCUGAUCAGUACCCCUUCUUUUUUUUGUAAGCACGCCAGCACCUUUAUAAAUGCAGUUCAGGAUGGGUUUAUUGCCAUUGGAAAAGAAGUUCCUGAUUGUAUGCUGAAUGUUAUAUGGAAGGACAUCAAUGGCUAUGUAAAGACAGCUAUUGAAUCAGGAAAUAAGAAAGAAAAGCAAGGCUCAGAAGUACUGACUUUGCUGCUCCAGGCCUUAAAAAACAUUGUUAGAUCCAAUGCUCUUCCUGUGCAGAAAAUAUUGUCCCUCAUUGAUAUUACUGUUAAGGAACUGCCACCAAAAGUGUUGGGAUCACCAGCUUACCAGAUUGCUGAUAUGGAUCUUUUAAAUGGAACACCAGCUUUGUUCUUACUCCAGCUGCCAUUCCAUAAUAACCUCUUGGAAUGCUGUGUCACAGAAGAGAGGUUCUUUGUCAUUCUGGAAACACUUGUGGGUUAUGUUCUGUCUGGGCCUACAUCUCCCCUGGCUUUCAGUGAGUCUGUGAACUGCAUUAUUAACCAGAGUGCAAAGGAAGUGGAAAAUAAGGAGCAUCUCUGGAGAAUGUGGAGUAUUGUUGUUAAUCCUCUCACUGAAUGGAUCAAUCGGACUAAUGAAGUAAACCAGGGUGAUGCACUGGAGCACAACUUCAGUGCUGUUUAUAGUGCCUUGUUGCUACCAGUGUCGCACAUCUUCCCCGUUCAGGGAUUUGCACAGCCAACGAUGAAGUCCUUGCUGCGCUCAUGGUCGGACUUGUACAGAGCCUUUGCUCGCUGUGCUGCUUUAGUUGCAACAGCAGAAGAAAACCUCUGCUGUGAAGAGCUCUGUGCCAAAAUAAUAGCUGGGCUAGAAGGUGAAACUCCAGUAAUGUGUUCAAUGAUGGAUGGAAUCACCCAUAUUCUGUCAGUUAUGGUUGACUGCAUCAACUUUGCACCAUAUGCUACUAAAUAUCAGCCAAAAAACAGAUCUCCACAGACCUCUGCAGAUUGGGCCAAGAAGAAGAAGGAGCCCCUUGGCAAGCUUGCAUCUCUAUUUAAACUCCUGGUGAUGUUGCUAAACUCUUUCCACGUGCUCAGCUCCAAAGAAACCUGCUCAGAAACAUUGGUUUCUGUUGGUCCUUCAAUUCUUGCCCUUCUUCACAACAUCAUCAGCCACAUUUCAUUGCCUUCAGUGAUUGGGAGUAUGUUUGCAGUCUUAUCCAAACCCCUGGCAGUCUUUUAUGAGAAGACAACGCUUCCUGAUGUCUCUAAAAUCUAUGGUCAUCUUAACAACAAGCUGGAAAAGCUGCUGGCUGAGAUAAUGCUGUGCCUGCAGUCUCACUGCACCGGCUCCUAUGAUGGUGAGCUGCUGGAGCAGCUCUCCCCGUUGCUCUGUGUCAUCUUCCAGCACAAGAGCAAACAGAUCCGUAACCAGGCAGCCCAGUUCUGGAAUGCCACAUUUGCCAAGGCUGCAGCACUGACCUACCCUGAGGAGCUGAAAGCUGUGUUGGGCCAAGCCAAAAAGAAAAUGCCACUCUUGCUGCCUGGGUUUGAGAACGUUGAGAUGGCCGAAGACUACAGCAGCCCUUUCUCUGAUGUGGUGGAGGACUCACAGCUGGAUGCAAAGAUAAGUGGAAUGGAAGUAAAGCUGGGCCAGAAACGAGACUCGAUGUUGGCGCAGACUACUGAAAUAGUAAAAGACAAAUCCAGUAACGCAGAAGCAACAUCUGCCAAGUUAAAACUAGAAUUUUCAUCUUCAAAGCCUAAAAGUGAGAUACUUCUGGAAGAGGAGGAAUCUGCUGAUUUCGUGUUCAUUCCUCCAGAAACAAAAACAAGAGUACUGACGGAGCAUCAAAAGGAAGUGCUUAGGUCAAAGAGGGUUGGCAUUCCUGCUAUGUACAACAAUUUGGACUCCUCACAAGACACAACCUUAUUCUCUCAGUACACUCAAAGCCAGGAAGAUUCUUUGGAGAAAUCCUCUUCAAUAGAAAAUGCAAAACAAGUUAUUAAAGAUGAGCCUCAGGAAGAAAAUGGAAAGAGUGAAGAAUGCAACAACAAAGCAGAUGGAAUCUCAGAGCCUCCUGCUGAGAAUGCUGCCUGUCUGCCCAAGUCAUCUGUAACUUGCCUGGAGGAGAGCUCAAGUUCAAAGAGUAAGACAGACCCCAAACAGGAAACAGAUGAAAUGGUUGUGGAGGAGCCAUCAGCUGGAGAGGGCUUAGAGACAAGCAGUGUGGAAGCAGCUCCAGAGCAGCCCUCAGAAGGGAAUGAAAACACCUCAAAUGUCAGCAGCAGCUCAGCUUCCAGCGACAUCAUCUCUGGCACCCCGCAGCCUGCCAGCCGCCGGCAGUCCUUCAUUACCCUGGAGAAGUUUGGUAGCUCAGAGAACAGACCUUUUAGCCUGUCACCUUUAAACAGUCUGUCAGAGAUGUCUGCAAGUGCUUCUGUGGCAGGGAACAAGAAAAACACAGCCUGCAAGACCAAUGCUGAGCCAGAGAAAGCUGAAGAAGACAAUAAAACACCUUCAAAAUUGGAGCCUGAGCAGAUCUUUACUGCCAUACGGAGGCUGACUCGGCGGCAGAGCAAGAUGGAGCAACAAGGACAAAAGCAGUCCAAGUUGUUAACCAAGUUAGAACAAGAGUCUUUGGCUUCCAGCAGUGUGGAAAAUAGUCCUGGACUACUUUCUGCAGAAGAUAUGGAACAAGUUCUCCUCGCUCAGUCCCAAGCUCUCCACUCUUCAGAUCUGGACAUUAAAAAAGCUGAAGGCAUCAUAGGAGAAAAAGAAAAGGACCGGGUAGCAGAUAUGGAUGCUAAAGAAAAUACACCUCCAGAGACCACUGUGUCCUCUGAGCAGGUGACAGGUGAGGAUAGCCAGGUUUCUGCUGUCUCUCCUAACCAGAAGGUACUAAGACGUUCUUUAAGACGGCGAUCAGAAGCUGCAGAAAGCACAGCAGGUAGUCAGGAUGCAGAAGAUGGCCACCAAAAGAGAAGCAGACAUAAAGACAAUGAAAAAUCUGGGCAGAAGAAGGUGCCACAGACUAAAGAUGAUGGAUCCCAAAAGCAGAAGGUGGUUUCUGGGAAGGUCACAGAAAGUACAAAUAAUAAACCAGAAAACAACUUGGUUGAGAGAACAGCUACAGAGGACUUGAGCUCCAAGGAGUCUCCUGCUUCACGGGGUCUUGAGGAAGUGAACAGAAGUGCAAGGAGGCCAGAAGAUAACUUGAAGGCUGACACCACAGAAGGUCAUGACAGCAGUGAGAGCACAGAAGGUCCGAUGCAGCUGAAACGGCCACGAUACCACACCAGAAGGUCUUCCCAAGGAUUGCUUUCCAGCAUUGAAAAUUCCGAGGCUGAAGGCUCUGAGACCAAGCAAGAAAGCACAAAGAGGAGAAAAUGUGCCAAAGUGAAAAGCAGAGAUGAUCCUCCCGAAGGCAAAUUGAAAGAGCUGCGGCCAGGAAGCUGUAGCCAGGAGGUGUCCUCCCAAGGAGGUGAAACUAAGAGCCUGGAGGCAGCAAAUCAAGCUGAGCCGAGCCGUGAGGUCAGCAGAGAUGCUGCACUAACAGCUGAACCAAACCAGGUCACCCCAACAGACAGUAGCAAAGCUAUGGCACCUGCCAGCUCUGAGACUUCACCUGACAUACAGAACACAAGUGUGGAGCAAAGCAAGAGCAACACACUGGUGCAGUUACUCACUGGUCCACCUGGAUCUGAUGAUCAAGGUUUGAAAGCAGCAGAGGAAACCAGCCACACUGAGAAGCCACCACCCCCAGAAGACUGUGCUUCAAGUGGUGAAAUUUCUUCUUCACAAACACCUGAUGGUCAGCUCAAGAGAAGCAAAAGACUGAAAAGAUUGAAGAACUGUAGCUGCUGUGUUAAAAACGUAAAGGAGGAAGUGGUGCCCUUCACCAGAUCCCAAAAAGAGAUCACUCCUGAAGAGAAUGAGCCCCAAACCACCCCAGUUCAGACAUCUGUGAGCACACCAGAGCUGUCUGGUAAUUUCCAGUCUGAUGAGAGCUUGUCCAUGGCACCUUGUGCAAUGAGCACUCCACUGCAUCCUCCCAAGCAGCUCAGUGUGUUGAAUGUGGAAGGAGACGGAUCCUCUGGAGAGAACCUGCAAGGCAAUAAUGUUGUGGUGGAGGAGAAUCUGGAUGCAGAGUGCCUUGAAGGUGAAAUUACUCUCUCCUUCGUGGAAAUACAAGGACCCUUUGAUCAGAUUGACCAAGCUGACCAGUGUCUGUCUGAGCCUGCUUCAGGUGAACCUUGUGACAGCAGUCUGGCAGCAGGGAACCAAAGUGAAGAACCAGCAGCUGCAGAAAAUGAAGACACAAAUGGAAACAGACAACUAGAGGAGACCCCUGAGGAGCUGGCUGUUAGCAAACCUGAGAGCAAACAGCUGAAUGAGCCAGAAAGCCCUCAUGAUGAUCACAAAGCUGAGAGCGUUGCAGGAGAAACUUGUGUUGCUGGAGAUGCAGAGGUGGAGGAGUUGGUGGAAACUGAAGUGACAGUGUCCAAAUCCGUGGCCUUAGACAAAGAGAAUGUAGCAGAAAACAGAGGUGUGGGGUCCCCUCAGAAGGCAGCGGAUGUCAGCUCUGCAGUCGGUGAGAGCCCCAAUGGUGUGCAGGCACGCUGUGUGUGGUCUCCUUCCGCUUCUCCCUCCACGGGCAUUUUAAAGAGAGGUAUCAAAAGAAGCCAAGAUGAUGAUUCCCUGUCACCUGCUAAUAAGAGCCGCCGUGUCUCCUUUGCAAACCCCAUUUACCAGGAGGGGCUGGCAGACGACAUCGACAGGAGGAGCCCUGUGGUCAGAUCCCAUUCUUCACCAUCUUCACAAAGCCUUAAAGUCUUGUCUAAUGGUCAGCCCAAGCGUAUCACCACUCCAACCAAAGGAUUUCUGCCCCUAGAACCACCUAAAUCUAAACUGAAAAGCUCCAAGAAGUGUUUAAUGCGGGAAAUGGCCACGGAGUCGCUGCCUUCCCAGAAGGAAUGUAUGUACCCUGCCUUGGUUGGCUGCAAGACCCCAGUCAGUGUCAUCCUACCUCAGAUCACAACAAGCCUCUGUGCCAGGGGCAUGGUGCAGGUCAUUCGAGCAAGGAACAUCAGGACUGUGGGGGACCUGAGCAACCUGACGGCGUCAGAGAUCGAGAACCUUCCCAUCCUCUCUCCCAAAGUUUACAACGUCAAGAAAGCUCUCAGAGGUUACCAUGAGCAGCAGGUCAAAUCUCGAGGACUUGAGGAAAUAGCAAUGCUUGAAGACGUGGACAAACCUUCUGAGGAUGCAGAGAAAGAGACCUUAACUGGAGAUGAGGAAGAAAUUCUUUGCACUCUGGUUGAAGCAGUUGUGCCAGCUCCAGCUGCAGCAGCCCCAGCAGAUCUCCUGAGCCAAAUGGAAGCGCUCUCUGCUCAGCUGAGCUCUGCAGAUCUCCUCCAGUGCUAUUCAGCAAGCCAGCUCUUCGAGAUGCAGGCAAAGCUGCUUGCCAUGACAAACUGCAUCAUGAGGAACCUGCAGGCCCGCUGGCAGCAGCCACCUCCUGAAGGUUCUUAG